GCCGUUCAGCAUCAUAGAAGCGAGGCCUUCCUUCCUUCUGAAUAUCGGAGAAAUCAUCAUUCCAGAACUCGCUUCCUCCUGCAACGACCACAAAGUCCUUCUUGGUCGCCACCAAUGCGUCUAAGCAGCCUCAAUUGCUUGGCUGGUGCACUGUUGGCCCUCACCUCUGUUGUCACCGCGCAAACCUACGAUGCCAUCGUCGUGGGUAGCGGGCCUGGUGGUCUCGUAGCAGCUGAGUAUUUGUCACGAGAUUCGAGUGUCUCCGUAUUGAUCCUCGAAGCUGGUCCCAGAUCUUUGACUGCUACGGGUGGGACGGACUCCCCAGACUACGCUCAAGGUAGAGGUCUCACGAAAUUCGACAUCCCCGGUGAAUACGACAAUAUCAUCUACAAUGGCGCAAACGAACAGUACCGUGUCGAGUGGGUUAGUGACGCCUACAUGUGGCUCGGUAAACUCGUGGGAGGAUGCUCCUCCAUCAACGCAGCGCUCUACUUCCGCCCGCCAGACUCAUACGUCACCAACAUGCAGUGGCCGUUCUCAGCGGCUCAAAUGGUCUCCAAGAUGAACGAGAAUGAACAACUUCAUGGUCAUACAGACAGACCAUCACCCGACGGUGUCUGGUACACUCAGGAAGGAUAUUCUAUCGUGUCCAGGGCACUGCUGGCACGAGGAUAUACUGAACGAAGCAUCAACGACGCUGCAGCACGCAAUAGCAAGAGCAGGACGUUUGGUCAUGCCCCGUUCACCUUCAAAAACGGCAAACGUGAUACGCCCGCCAAUGCCUUCUGGGGGCAAAUGAGCGGCAGGAGCAAUGUGAGGCUUCUAACUGGAGCCAAGGUCGACUAUAUCUUGAGAGCUUCCGGUGGAAAAGCCACGGGUGUAGUGUAUAAUGGCGGAACUCAAGCACUACUGUCGACUCGAGGUACUGUACUUAUGGCUGCGGGAGCGUUGAGUACGCCAAAGGUGCUGAUCCAAAGCGGCAUCGGUCCUAGCUCGCAGCUCAAUCUGCUUAAUGGACGCAAUGGAUUCCCUGGUGUCUCCCAGGCAGCAGGUUGGGUCACGAAUGCCAACGUGGGGCGGAAUCUCUUCGAUACAAACGUUGUGUUUGCGUCCUUCUCACACCCACAAAUGAGCUCCUUCCAGUACAAGAACAGACCGAGUUGGGCGAUCAACCAGUACAUGAACCAGGGCUUCACUGGACCCUGGAGCAGCGCAGGACCGACUCUUAUCAGCUAUGAGAACUACGAUGUUCAAGGUCGUACUUAUGAGUUCCAGUCAACUGCACUAACAAACGGCUUUGGAGAGUUCUACAGUCGUGGCAAUGCGUUCACACUAGCGCUGUACAUCAACAAUCCUGAGGCAAGGGCAGCCUCGGGUUUCGAUGGGAAUGCCAACUGGAGAGCGUUCAACGAAGGCACGCCCUACUUCGGCACUAGUCGUGAUCUUGCUGCGUUGCAGUCCUAUGCCCAACGAACAGUUAGUGCUAUGGUAGCUCAAGGCGCCACGUUUCUUUCGGCCGGCUCUGAUGAUGCGUCGGUAGCAAACUGGGUUGCAGCCAAUCGGGGAUUAAUCACGCACCACUUUGGUGGUAGCUGCUACGCAUCAAGCAAUUCAGCCGACACUAGACGUUGCGCUGACGAGAGACUACGUGUCAUUGGGAUGACUAACGUGUUUGUAGCUGAUGCUAGUGCCAUGCGCGACGGUACGGUCAAUCCAUACGGCUUCGUCAUGUACAUUGGUCGAGAGGCUGCAGAUCAAGCUAAGACUUAUAUUGCUGCCAACACUGGCACCAGUGCUACCUGCUCGACUGCAGAGAAUAAUAUCGAUUACAUCGGCAAUGAUCUGACCAGUAGGACGAGUUCUACAGCUAGUGGAUGCUGCUCUAUCUGUGCUGCGACUAGUGGCUGCAGAGCGUACUCGUGGAACAACUACAAUGGCGGUACUUGUUGGCUUAAGAGCGCAAAGGGCAGUACACAGAGCAAAAGCGGUGUUAUCUCUGCUACGCUCAACGGAGGGUCUACGUCUACCUGUACAACGAUCGAAGAAAAUGUCGACUAUACCGGCAAUGAUGUCGGAAAUGCACUUAGUGGCACAGCUGAAGGUUGUUGCUCGAUCUGUAGGGCUAGAAGUGACUGCAAGGCUUAUACUUGGACGAACUACAACACUGGCACGUGCUGGCUGAAGAGUGUAAAGGGGGCCUUCACAACGAAGACUGGAGCGAGGUCGGCUCAGAUCAGUUCGACGUCACCUACGUGCACUUUGGUGAAUAACGUCGACUACAAUGGAAAUGACAUCGGCAAUUCGCCCAGUGCUGCGGCGUCUGGAUGCUGUGAUAGUUGCCGCGCGAGAUCAGGGUGCAGAGCGUUCACCUGGACGAACUAUAACGGAGGCACGUGCUGGCUUAAGUCACAACAAGGGCCUGGAAUCACAGUGGCUGAUGCUGUUUCUGGAACCAUCUAAGGUUUCGUUUAGACUGCUUAGGGGCACCUCAUGUUCAUUCUGCACAAACAUUGAAUGAAGUUGUGUUUAAGAAUCUCAAAAGUAGUAGACAUACCAAAUGUACUACAAGUUUUGCCUUUUCUUUCA